AUGCCUGUCGAUAGCUCUCGUCGCUCUUCUCGAAAGCUCAACAACGACGAUGAAACAGACGUUCGGAGGGCUAGGGGGGAGCUCUCAUGCGCCGAAUGCCGGAGACUCAAACUGAAAUGCGACAAGAAGCUGCCAUGUAGCUCUUGUAGUAAGCAUUAUGACUUUUUCAUCGUCUCCUCCUCAAACUGCUCGGUUCAGUUCGUCGAGGCUGCCCUUCAAUAUGUCCAAAUGGUGCGACAGAGGAGAAGCCUUUCAUCUCAAGGCAAGCACGAGAAUUAUUGUGCGUCCAUGACUCCAGUGUUUAAAUUGUGCUCAUCUCUCUGCCAAGCAUCCACGGACCACCUACACACCAAAAUAGGUGAAAUGGGUCAGCGCAUUCGACAACUAGAAGAUGCACUGGCGAUUUUCCAAUCUUCAACUGGGUCGAAUGAGACACACCCACUGCUCCGCGACGAGCUGCUAUCCAUCAAGUUUGGGCCUGAAAAGGGAACCGCGACCGACAAGCAGCCCAAACCUAGAGAAACUGCAACCACCGAACCCAUCGAUGCUUUGGGGACUUUAACAAUUGGUGACGAUGGAGAAGGCAGAUAUUUCGGGCCCUCGGCCGGCUCAGAGACUCUCUUUCUGGCCGGAGCACAACUCGAAAUGGCAUCCAACACAGAGGAUGACGAUUUCCCUCCACUCAGCCUUGAAAUUGCCCGCUUGUCCAAUUCCUUCCCCUUCAGCGCCGGUGGCCCUCCUGGGAGAGCGUUAGACCUAUUAUUCGACUACCUGCCCGACCAGCCCCGUGCAUGGACUCUUUGUGAGACCUAUAUGGAGCAGUGCGCCUGGCAAUUUCGGCCGAUAUCUCGAGAAGAAAUGAUCGACGACUUCUUGACUCCCAUCUACAAGUCCGCGCGAGACCGAAAAAAUUGGCAAAGCGAGACUGAGUUUCCUCAUGCAAUUUCCCCGCAUCGCUUAGCGGUAUUGUUUCUAACAUUCGCUCUGGGAGCCCUCGUUGAUCUUACUUUGGAACCUCACAAUAUCGAGUCGGAUCAAUUUUACCACGCCAGUCGAGCGGCGCUGGCUCUGCGUUCAAUAUUUGAUUCCCCCGAAAUGGCAACAGUACAGGCGGUCCUCCUCAUGGCAUCUUAUCACAACAUGGGUGGACGAAGAUAUACCAUGGAAAGCUCGUGGUCAUUAAUGUGUCUUGGUUCCAAGCUUGCCCAGAGCGUAUGUUCCUUCCCUCUAGAACUGCAUAUUGAUCUCAUUCGCCCUUUAGUUGGGUCUUCGUAUGUGAACCUGUCACUGUCCGACCUUCCCUCACUGCUUCUAGAUCGAGAUAGUGCACGCUGGAAUAUGGACCCAAAAAUAGUCAACCGUCGACGAUCAUUGUUUUGGGAAACCUUCAGUUCAGAACAGUUCCAGAGCAUUGCUCUCGGCCGACCACCAUCCAUCCGACUUUCGUAUGUCGAUUGCGAAUUUCCUGCGCCAGAGACCACAUUGGAUGAAAAUGGCAACCCUCAAGUAGAUUAUUAUGAGUGGAAGUAUUCAUUUACGAGAGACGUAUUUGCCUUGAUCACGGAGCGCACUCUGACCGCUGAGACGCCAUCUUAUGAAACUGUCCUCGAACUGGAUAGACUCGUUAGGGCCAAAACUCUCCCCCCAUACCUGAAUGUCUUUCUUACACGUGACGAUCAAAACUGCACGCCCUCCACUUACAUGCGAGGAUGCCUCUUGGGCCAGUUCCGUUCUGUCGCUUUGCUCUACAUCCACAGGACAUUCUUUGCUCAAGCAAUGCUCGACCAUCCUGUCAACCCUCUUAGGAGCCCGUAUGCGCCAUCGUUCCUUGCUGCAUAUAGAUGCGCCUCAGGCAUGAUCAAGGCCAACUUAAAUCACUUUGAACGGCGAGUGAUCUCGGGGAUUCACUGUCCUCCAAGUAACAAAUGCCCAGAUUCCCCGAGCUUUGUUGUCGGUGGUGGCUCGUUUGGACACAUCUCGACCAGUCUUCUCUGCAGCGGUAAGCACCGCGAUCUUCAUUGGUCUUAUUUUACUCAGUUGGAGCAGAUCAUUGUGGGCUGUAUUGUUACCCGCUCUCCGUCUUCAAGCAUGGCUCCAACCGCAUUUAUCGAACUCGGUUUAGCCUGCGACCUUUUCGAGAAAGGUGCAAAGCAAUCACGUCGAGCUCGCAGCGGAUUGGCCAUCUUGUGUAAACUUCGCGAAAAGGCUUACCAAGUGUAUUCGCAAUUCCGCAGCGGAAAUCCUACUCCUCCGCCAAAUGGUUUUGGCCGUGGUCUUCAUGAUUAUGGGGAGGACGAGCUGGCGCUCUUUGGUGGCCAGACGCGAGUGCUCGUUAGUAGGCUGAUCUCGAAGCGACAUAAGAAGGAUGAUCAGCCUACGACACCCUCGAUAAGCGGGACCAACAGCAAUGCCUCCUCUCCAGGCAGCUCAGGCUCAUCGGCAAGCGACUCGAUGCCAGAUGUCCACCCUUCGCUUGUGGAUUAUCUUUCGCUUUUCCCUCCCUCCCAACAACCCACAGAGCUUCCAAAUCUCGCACAACCAGAAUUACCUCUUCCUCCAAUGUUGCCACCUCCAGUCUAUGCUUCUAAUGAAGCUCAAGUAGACCCAGCGACAUUCGAGUUUUAUGGAUACGACCAAACAUACUAUGGCACGGCAAUGGGCAUACCGGCUACCCAGUCAGCACCAUAUUUCCCUAAUGUGGAACCCGCUCCGAAAGAUAUGUCUGACUUGGGACUGUUGCUCAGCGGAGACUCGGGUAUAGAUGAGCAAUGGAAAAGUUUUAUGAAGAAGUCUUUCUCGGGCCUGCUCGAUGAACACAUGGAUGUUCAACCAACACAACACGCUAACUAUUGA